GUGAGAGAGGUGUUCCUUACCAUUCUCCAGAAGUUCACUCACGACGACAUGUCCAGCAAGGAAGAUUUGGUGCUAAAGGAACUAGUCCGCUCCCAUCUCGACAAGGAGAGAUUCUUGUUGUUCGUGGAUGAUCUGUGGACCAUCGAAGACUGGAAACUAAUCGAAGCCGCGCUGCCGAAGAAUAACAAAUUAGGUAAAGUGUUGAUAACCAGCCGUCAUAUGGGAGUAGCCGCGCAAACAAACAGCACUAGAAAGCCCCACGCGCUGCGGUUCCUGACCUUCGAGGAAAGCUGGGAGCUGCUGCAGCUGGAGGUGUUUGGUAAGAACAAUACUGGUCCCAAGGAGUUGGAGGGGCUGGGAAUGCAGAUAGCCCGGCAGUGUGGGGGAGUGCCUCUUCCAGUGGUGGUGAUAGGAGGAACUCUCGUCGAAAAAUCUGGUGAUCAUCAUGAGAAAAGUGAUUGGGAGAAGAUCUCGAAUAGUGUAAGUAGCUCUGUGCAUGGCGAUAAACGCACCGAAAGCAUCAUCUCGCUCAGCUAUGACCAACUGCCUCAUCACCUGAGGGAUUGCUUCCUGUACCUCGGGAUGUUUCCCGAGGACACAGAGAUCCCCGCGUUGAAGCUCAAGCACUUGUGGAUUGCAGAGGGAUUCAUACAGCAGAAGGAGGGGAAGAGUGUGGAGGAGGUGGCGGAGGACAACCUCGACGACCUCGUCUCCAGGAACUUGGUCAUGGUCGGGAGAACCAAGGCCAACGGCGACAUCAAGACGUGCCGCGUCCAUGACAUGAUCCGGGAGUUCUGCCUGAACGAGGCCUCCUUCGCGAAGAAGAAUCUUUUCCAGGAGGUGAAGAAGACCCAGGGCGUGUUCCACCCGGCCAUCACGGAGAUCGAGAAACGCCGCCGCCUCUGCAUCCAUUCCAACGUGACGGAGUUCCUCCUCAAGAAGCCCAAGGGCCCCAAAGUCCGUUCGUUUGUUUGUUUCUCCAAGGAAACGAUCGACCUCCCGCCGGACUACACCCUGUCGAUCCCCGACACCUUUGAUUUGCUCCGCGUUGUCGACGCCACUCCUCUCAAAUUCACCAAAUUCCCCCCGAAGCUCACCAAGCUGAUUCAUCUGCGGUACAUUGCUCUCUCGGGGAGCGAAUUCAAGGCUCUGCCCGAGGCAGUGUCGAAGCUCUGGAACCUCCAGACAGUGAAAAUCGACACUGCCUUGCGCGAGUUCGAGAUCAAGGUCGACAUCUCGAAGAUGAAGCAGCUGCGGCAUCUGAAGACGAAGGCAGCUAUCAAACUCAAGGAAGUGAGAGGCGGAGGCGGAGAGAAUCUUCAGACGCUGAGCAGGUUAAUGGCGGAGUGCUGCAAAGAGGAGCUCUUCAACAGGGCGUCGAACCUCAAGAACCUCGGGAUUCGUGGGAACCUAAACGCGCUCGUGAACGCGACCUACUUGGGGAAAUUGGAAUAUCUCGAGAAGCUGAAGCUGGUGCACGACGUGCUCCCCUCCACGGCCGACAACGCGCUGCAUCGCGUGCCUGAUCCGCCUAGCUUCCCGCCGAAUCUGAGGAUGCUGACGCUCUCCUCCACCUACUUGGGGUGGGAUAAUAUGACUAGGCUGGGAAACCUGCACAAUCUGCAGGUGCUGAAGCUCAAGGAGAUGGCGUUCAAGGGGACGUUGUGGCAAGCUCAAGGCGGCGGCUUUCCGCAACUGGAAACAUUGCACAUUGAGCGCACCGAGUUGGAGAUAUGGACUGCUUCGGCUGAGCCGUUCCCGAAGCUCAAGAAUCUGAUACUCAAGAACUGCGAGAAACUUCAACAGAUCCCAUAUGUAGUGGGGAAGGGGGAGAGCCUUCAGCUCGUGGAUAUUGAAAGUGUGUCGCAGACACUAGUUCGGUCAGCAAAGAAAAUCGAGGUGGAAAAACAACAAAUGCAAGGUGGGGAAGUCAGAGCUACAAGGGGUCGAUUUAAGCUCAAAAUUUCUCCAGCGUAUGCAUCAUCAUCAACCACAAACUAAUCCAAGAGGGAAUAAAAAACAUGAAGAACAAAGCCUUUCUCCUGCAACAGAUGACUAAAAUGCUGCAAUUUCUAUCUUCUUCGUUUUUCUAUGCUUAUUUUCUUCAAUUUUUCUCUUUAGCUUUUUUGGUGUGUUGUUAAACCCACCCUAGGCUAGCCUCCAUGUGGAUGUGGCUCUGCCACCGAUUGAAACUAAAUGCCACUGAUUGGGCUUGAGACCAAUCUUAUUUUUGAGAUCUUAAAAACACAAUUGCUGAGGGCUGACAAUGUAGUGGGCUUCGCAGACGAGGAAGCCACUCUGAUCAAAUACUUGAACGAAAAAACAGAGCAACUCGACGUCAUCUCCAUCGUGGGCAUGCCCGGCCUCGGCAAGACCACUCUCGCUUGGAAAAUUUACAGAGACCCCAAGAUCCAAUUCGAGUUCCCCACCCUGAUCUGGGUUUACGUCUCUCAGGAGCUGAACGAGAGAGAGGUGUUCCUCACCAUCCUCAAGAAAUUCACCCGCGACGACAUGUCCGGCAGGGAGGAAUGGGAGCUGACCCGCCUCGUCCGCUACCAUCUCGACAAGGGCAGAUUCCUGCUGUUCAUGGACGACGUGUGGACCGUCGAGGACUGGCGGCGGAUCGAUGCGGCGCUGCCGAAGAACAACAAACUAGGCAAGGUGUUGAUAACCAGCCACCACGUCGGCGUCGCGACGCAGACGAACCGCAGCAGGGAGCCCCACAAGCUGCGGUUCCUGACCUUCGAGGAGAGCUGGGAGCUCCUGCAGUUGGAGGUGUUUGGUAAGAACAAUACCUGCCCCAAGGAGUUGGAGGGGCUGGGAAUGCAUAUCGCCAGACAGUGCGGCGGCGUGCCGCUGGCGGUAGUUGUGAUCGGAGGUACUCUCGUCGAGAAAUGCGGCGACAGAAGAGACUGGGAGAAGAUCUCCGAUAGCGUGAGCAGCUACGUCCAGGAAGAUCGGCGUACCGAAAAUAUUAUAUCUCUCAGUUAUAACAAACUCCCUCAUCACCUGAGGGACUGCUUUCUGUACCUCGGGAUGUUUCCCGAGGAUACAGAGAUCAGCGCGUGGAAGCUCACGCGCCUGUGGAUCGCGGAAGGAUUCAUACAGCAGAGGCGGGGCCGGAGCCUGGAGGAGGUCGCCGAGGACAACCUCGACGACCUCGUGGCCCGGAACCUCGUCAUGGUCGAGCGCGCCAGGGCCAACGGCGACGUCAAGACGUGCCGCGUCCACGACAUGAUCCGGGAGUUCUGCCAGAACGAGGCCUCCUUCGCGCACAAGAACCUGUUCCAGGAGGUGCGGAAGACGCGGCACGGCGUGUUCGACCCGGCGAUCACCGAGAUCGUCAAGCGCCGCCGCCUCUGCAUCCACUCCAACGUGCCGGAGUUCCUCCGCAAGAAGCCCAAGGGGCCCGGGGUCCGCUCCUUCGUGUGUUUCUCCAAGGAGGCGAUCCCCCUCCCGCCGGAGCACACCCCGUCGAUCCCCGACGCGUUCGACUUGCUCCGCGUCGUCGACGCCACGCCCCUGAAAUUCACCAAAUUCCCCCCCAAGCUCACCAAGCUGAUUCAUCUGAGGUACAUUGCCCUCUCCGGCAACGAAUUCAAGGCCCUGCCCGAGGCGGUGUCGAAGCUCUGGAACCUGCAGACCGUGAAGAUCGACACCGCCUCGCGCGAGUUCGAGAUCAAGGUCGACAUCUCGAAGAUGAUGCAGCUGCGGCACCUGAAGACCAAGGCGGCGAUCAAGCUCAAGGAGGUGAGGGGCGGCGGCGGGGAGAAUCUCCAAACGCUGAGCCGGCUGAUGGCGGAGUGCUGCAAGGAGGAGCUCUUCAACCGGGCCUCGAACCUCAAGAACCUCGGCAUCCGAGGCGACCUCAACGCGCUCGUCGACGCGACCUACCUGGGAAAACUGGAGCGGCUCGAGAAGCUGAAGCUGGUGCACGACGUGUUCCCCUCCACCGCCGACAAGGCGCUGCAUCGCGUGCCGCACGCGCACGGCUUCCCGCCGAAUCUGAGGAUGCUGACGCUCUCCUGCACCUACCUGGGGUGGCCGCACAUGGCGGCGCUGGGGAGGCUGCUCAACCUGCAGGUGCUGAAGCUCAAGGAGAUGGCGUUUAAAGGGACGCUGUGGCAGGCUCAGGGCGGCGGCUUCCCGGAGCUGGAGACGCUGCACAUCGAGCGCACCGAGCUGGAGAUAUGGACCGCGGCUGCGGCUGAGCCGUUCCCGAAGCUCAAGAAUCUGAUACUCAAGAACUGCGAGAGGCUUCAAGAGAUCCCGUGUGUGGUGGGGGAGGGGAAAAGCCUUCAGCUCGUGGAUAUUGAACGCGUGUCGCCGACGCUGGUUCAAUCUGCGAAGAAAAUCGAGGAGGAAAAGCAACAGAGGCAAGGUGGGGAUGUGAGAGGUAGAAGGGGUGGAUUUAAGCUCAAGAUUUCUCCAGGGGAUGCAUCAUCAUCAUCAAACACAAACUAAUCCAAUAGG